AAUCCACCUUCCUUGCUAGCUAACAGCUGCAGGCUCUCUCCACAAAGAAAAGCGGGGAGUUGAAACAGAGAACGGUCCUCUCCCAAUCGUAUAGCGAUCGAGCUAGCUACCAGCAUGUCGCUGAACAUAACAAACAUAAAAACAUCGUCCGAUGGAGCUUGGCAGGGCGACAACCCUCUCAACUCUGCUUUCCCUUUGCUCAUCCUUCAGACCAUCCUCGUCCUCUUCAUCACCCGCUCCCUCGCCUUCCUCCUCCGCCCCCUCCGCCAGCCACGUGUCAUCGCCGAAAUUCUGGGAGGGAUUCUGCUAGGGCCGUCAGCGUUGGGCCGAAACAAGCAGAUCUUCCACCUGGUGUUCCCGUCAUGGAGCACUCCAAUCCUGGAGUCCGUAGCCAGCAUUGGGCUCUUAUUCUUCCUAUUCUUAGUGGGCCUGGAGCUGGACCUGGCCUCAAUCCGCCAGUCCAGCAGGCGGGCCUUCUGCAUCGCCCUCGCCGGGAUCUCGCUCCCUUUCCUCUUCGCCGCCGCCGUCUCCUUCGUCCUCCGCCGAUCAGGAUUCGACGACGAGGUCCCCUACGGCCAGCUCCUCCUCUUCCUCGGAGUCUCCCUCUCCAUCACCGCCUUCCCUGUUCUCGCCCGCAUCCUAGCCGAGCUCAAGCUCCUCACGACCCAAGUGGGCCAGACCGCGAUGGCCGCGGCCGCGUUCAACGACGUCGUGGCGUGGAUUCUCCUCGCGCUAGCUGUGGCCCUCGCUGGGCCCAGUGGGCCCAGCUCAGGCCCACUGGUGUCCGUCUGGAUCCUCGCCUCUGGGCUGGGCUUCGUCGCCUUCAUGCUGGUUGUGGUCCGCCGGGUCAUGGAGUGGAUCGCCAAGAAGUGCUCCUCCCCGGCGCCGGAGCGGGCUUUCGCCGACGAGGCCUACAUCUGCCUGACGCUGGCCGGAGUGAUGGCUUCCGGGUUCAUGACGGAUCUCAUCGGGAUCCACGCGAUCUUCGGCGCGUUCGUGUUCGGGUUGACUAUCCCGAAGGGCGGGGAAUUCGCCGGCAGGGUGAUGAAGAGGAUUGAGGAUUUCGUGACGGGCUUGCUGCUGCCGUUGUACUUCGCGUCGAGCGGGCUGAAGACCGACGUGGCGAAGAUUCAGGGGGCGGAGGCUUGGGGUUUGCUGGCGGUGGUGAUAUCGACGGCUUGCGCCGGGAAGAUACUGGGGACGUUCGCGGUGGCGAUGAUGUGUAUGAUGCCGGCGAGGGAGUCGUUGGCGCUUGGGGUUUUGAUGAACACCAAGGGAUUGGUGGAGCUUAUUGUGCUCAAUAUCGGCAGGGAGAAGAAGGUUCUCAACGACGAGAUGUUUGCUAUCCUCGUCCUAAUGGCACUCUUCACCACCUUCAUGACGACUCCCACAGUGAUGGCCAUCUACAAGCCUUCCCAGACCACCCGCCGCCGGUCGCACGAGCUCCAGGACACUUCCCAGCCGGAGCUCAGAAUCCUCGCCUGCAUCCACAGCUCCAGAAACGUACCAUCCCUAAUCAACCUCAUCGACGCAACCACCAGCGCCGCCGCCAAACCCACGCUCCACCUCUUCGCCAUCCACUUGGUCGAGCUCACGGACCGAUCCUCCUCCAUAAUGAUGGUCCAACGAGCUCGUCGAAACGGCCUCCCGUUCAUCAACUGCUUCACCAUACCGGGGACGAGGAGAGCUGCUUCCUCUUCCAACAACUACCAGAUCGCAGCGUCGUUCGAGUCGUACUGCCACGCCAGCAGGGUCACCGUCCACCACUCCACAGCGAUAUCCGCGCUGCACUCGAUGCACGAGGACAUCUGCCACGUGGCGGAGGACAAGAGGGCGUCCGUCAUCAUCCUGCCUUUCCACAAGCAAUGGACAAUGUCGUCGGGCAGGGGAGGCGGAGAAGGCGAUGGCGACGAUGAGGGAGUAGAGAACGUGGGGAAUGGCUGGAGGGUUGUGAAUAGGAGGGUUUUGGACACCGCCACGUGCUCGGUGGCCGUGUUUGUGGACCGUGGGUUUAGCGGCGGCGGUGUAGAUAGCCCGGAGGCUGCUGCUGCUAAGAAGGUUUGCGUUCUGUUCUUCGGAGGUGCCGAUGACCGUGAGGCUCUGAAGAUCGGGUGUGGGAUGGCAGAAAACCCAGCUGUUAGUUUGACUGUGAUCAGGUUCCUGGGCGACUCGUGCGACGAAUCGGACGAGGCAGUGCUGAGCGAAGCGAAAGUAAACCUCGCGGCGGAGGACGAGUACAUAGAGAAGAAGGUGGCGGCAAAGAAGGUGGUAGAGGAGUUGGUUAGCAUAGUACGGGGAAAGGGUUUUCAGCUUGUGGUUGUGGGAAGAAAUGGGGCUAAGAUAGGAGACAUGGAAGAACAUCAGGCUGAUAAUCCAGAACUGGGCACUGUUGGAGAUAUACUCUUAGCUUCAACAGCAACAGGGACAUCUCUGCUCGUGAUUCAGCACCACGAUGGCAAAGAGAUGAAAGGCAAGGAAUCUGUUGGAGAAUGCUCUGUGUAAUGUGUGUUUUACCCUAAGGGGUGUAAGUCUAUUAAGAUAGACUAGGGGUCGUUAUGUACAAGUGCCAAGGCGUGAAUGCUAAGCCCUGGUGAAAUAGACACAACAACUGUAAGCUGCAUAAAUAAAGCAAGUCCGAGACUCGAGUUGCGUGUUCACACAGUUCGUCGUCAUCGGUUUGUAUACAGUGCAGACAAUACGAUCAAGAAUGGGGAUGAGCAGAGGAUCUGAUGACCCACACAGUGAAG